AUGUUUUCUUAUUGGCUGUCAGCCAGGGGUCGCUCUCUGCUCCUAGAAGGCUGCCUGCAUUCCUGUCCUGAUUCUCUUGUGAGGUUUUUGUGAUGACGACUAAAUGAGACAUACUGUUCAAAUAGUGGUGAUGGAUGUGAUGGCUGCUUUAUGUUGCUGGGUUUAGAGGGUACCCCUCAACCCUGAAACAAAGAACAUGCCUCUAUCACAGGAAAGCCUACCAGAAGGCAGGUUCUAAAGUCUCUUAGAACAGAAGUGUUCGUUGGUCUUUCCCUGGAAAGGCAGAACUGGAUUUUGUGCUGGACAAAUGUUUACUGAGAGAAGUGGAUGAGAUGCGGUGAAGUGCCUAGCACUGGUAGUGGGGAGAAUGCUAACUGGCCAUUCUGCAGUGAAGAGACGGUGGUGAGGUUGGGAAAGGCUAACCCUACAGGGGGCAAAAUGCAUAGAAGUGGUGAGGAUUGCAGUAGGUGAGAAAUGCCUGCAUCGCAAGUGCUGUAAGCAGACCCCCCUCAAUGGGCGGGCACCUGUGAACCCAGGACCGCCUCCCACCCCCACCCCUGUGCGGGCUUUGGGUACUCGUGCGGGGGACGCCGGGCGGACUGCGGGGGGGCAUGUCUGGGCUCGGCCAGCCCCGCACAGCCCAGUCCCCCCUCUGCGAACUGUGCAAGUGGAGUCUCCCAGCCUGCGCCCCCUGGCUCUGGCAAACCAGCCUCAGUCCCACUGUUUGAGCAUUUCGCCCCGAGCCUCCGAGCGCGCUGGUUGCCGGCUGCCGCUCGGAGCUUGGUUACGCAAUUGCCGCUGCGGCUGCCGCGGCCAAAACCACCUCGGCGAGGAGCGAAUUUGCCGCGAGGGUCCAGCCUUGGAAAGAGGCUUCCCUCACUGCUGGCCAAGAGCCAGAGAAGGUGUGCACGCAUCUCCUCGCCAGUACCCAACAAUGGGCAACUCCUGCUUCGGCCUCAAGGAACGACUGAUGAAGCGGCUGCGGCCUCUGCCUACCGUGAUCGUCAUUCGCACCUGCCUGCCCCAGAGAAGGAGCAGGGAUUUCCGCGUGGUGGUGCUCGGCUCCGCCGGCGUGGGCAAGAGCGCGCUGGUGCAGAGGUGGGUGCGCGGCAAUUUCCGUGAGGCGUACCUGCCGACUAUCGAAGAUACCUAUCGCCAGGUGCUGGGCUGCAGCCACAAGGUGGGCGCGCUGCACAUCACCGACACCACUGGCGGCCGCCGCUACCGGGGCCUGCAGCGCCUUGCCAUUGCCAGGGGUCACGCCUUCAUCCUCGUCUACUCCGUCACUAAGAAGCAAACCCUCGACGAGCUGAAGCCCUUCUAUGAGCUGAUCCGCCAGCUCAAGGGUGACAACCCGCAAAAGUACCCGAUCGUGCUGGUGGGCAACAAGUGCGAUGAGAGCCGCCGGGAGGUGACCGAGAAAGAAGGCGCCGCCCGCGCGUCAGAGUGGAAUUGCGCCUUCCUGGAGACCUCCGCCAAGAUGAAUAUCAACGUGCACGAGCUGUUCCACCUGCUGCUGAACCACGAGAAGAAGCCCGCCCCCCAGGCUCCCCAGAAGAAAUCCCAGAUCCCGAAGACCGCCGAGAAGCUGCUGGGCAAGUGCAUCAUCAUGUGAGCCGCGAAUCCGAGAAGCCCGACGACCUUCUUCUCCCUCAGUGUGCCGACAACACGGACCAAUCCCAUCGUGAUGUGUCACCUGUACCUGACUGACUUUGUGCUGUGGUUUGGGUUGUAACAAUUAGGCGUCAAUAAAUGUCCCUUGUGAAUUAAUAGCUUUUCUUUUUCCCAGGCAAGAGAACUCAAAUUGUUAAAAUACUGACAUUGGAAGAGAAGAGGGAAAAGGAGCGCCAUGCAUUUAAAGGAAAAGACUUGGACAGACUUGAGAGAUUAAUGUUUGAAAAAAGAAUGCAAUAGCAAAAAGAAUUGAAAGAUGCCACUGCCCUUCUUGUAAUCCUAUUAUUGUGUAUUAUUCCUAAAUAUUUCAAGUCCUGUAAAUGUCUAAUCACAUCUUCCCAUCGUGUAUUUAAUUGUGAAGAAACAUGUUUUUGCAACAAAAGCUUUGACAAAUGACUGUGAGACAGAGAUACUAAACAUGAUAAAUAAAGGAAUAUUCUAUAGCUGAACAUUGAGGGUGGGAGCAGAGAAAAUUGUGAAAGUGAAACUUGCUUACUAAAUAUAUGCCAGUUGUUUCCUAAGUCAUUUAAAAAUGUUUGAGUAUUCUAAAAAAAAUUAUAACAGUUCUGUGAUUUAAUAAAGCUUUUCCUGCAUGCAA